CGGUCCCCGCCCCGGCAUCCGGGGCUGCGGCGGGAAGUGCCGCUGGAGCGGUGGGAGUUACCGCUCCCCCCUGGAGCACCCCGGGGGCGCGGCGGGAUCUCCCGGGGCCCGCCGUGCCCGGAGAGGGGCGCAGCAUGGAGAGCCCCGCGGUGACCUUCACCCUGGCCUACGUGGUGUUCUCCGUGUGCUUCGUGUUCCCGCCCGACGAGGUGCGCUCGGCGGGGCUGACGGUGCAGAGCCUGCUCUCGGCCUGGCUGGGCAGCGAGGACGCGGCCUUCGUGCAGUACCACCUGCGGCGCAGCACCGGCACGCUGCUGGCACACUCCCUGCUGCCCCUGGGUUAUUACCUUGGCAUGUGCUUUGCUGCACCUGAAAAACAUCUUUGCUUUUUCUACCUGGCUUCAAAAGAAUGGAAAACUUUCUUCUUCUUCGCAGUUCUCCUUCCAGCAGUCACCAGUGCCCUGGCGUACUACUGGUCACGGAAGGGUUGGAAUAAUCACCCGUUAGCCCGAACACUCGCUGUCCAUGCUCUCCCGCAGUCAGGUUGGAGGGCAGUAGCCUCCUCCAUCAAUACAGAAUUCAGGAGAAUUGACAAAUUUGCCACUGGAGCCCCAGGAGCAAGGGUGAUCGUUACAGACACAUGGGUGAUUAAAGUGACCACCUACUGUUUACACGUGGCCCAGCAGCAGGACAUUCAUUUGACGGUGACAGACUCCAGACAGCAUGAACUCACCCCAGACUCAAACGUGCCUGUGCAGUUCCUCACCAUCCGAGUUUCCAGUAUCAAUCCCUACGUGAAGGCGUUUGAUAUCCGGUUGAACUCCACAGAGUACGGGGAGCUCCGAGAAAAGCUCCGUGCUCCUAUCAGCAAUGCAGCUAAUGUUGUGAUCCAUCAAAGCCUUAGUGAUUUAUUUUUAGAAACCUUUACAUCUCUGGUAGAAAUUAACCAGCCAUAUCACGUUCCAAGCACUCAGGAGCUGGAGCCGUGCAUAGGGUGUAUGCAGACUAUCGCUAACAUCAAGCUCAUCAAGAACUGCCAGGAGCCAAACGAAGGGGAGUGCCAGCAGUGCUACUGCCGCCCCAUGUGGUGCCUCACCUGCAUGGGCAAGUGGUUUGCCAGCCGACAGGAUCAGCAGCACCCAGAGACCUGGCUGUCGAGCCAAGUGCCUUGCCCGACUUGCAGAGCCAAAUUUUGCAUUUUAGAUGUUUGCCUAAUACGAUGAGUAGUACUUGGGUACGUUUUAACUUUUUUAAUUUGAAUGUACUUCACAGUGGGUUUGGUCAAAGGCCUCCUAGAUUUGUUUCUGAGACUUUGUGUUCUACAAGGGUGCAAACUCCAAAGGUUUCUUUUACAGUGUUGAAAACAGAUGUAAAUCUUUUCAGUUCCUUUCCACUUUUACUGGUAUCUUUGGUUUUUACUCACCUGAUGUCAAUUUCUGGCUUUUAAUUUUUUUUUAACCCAUAUUUUCCUUUCUUGUAUCUUGGAAGGUUAUCCUUCUAUAUUUGCAGUACUAUUCUCUUUUCAAGUUUUAACGUAGGUUAAAUUCUUCACAUUUUUAAAAUUAACUUGGGUUUUGAUUCUUUAAUAAAGGGCUAACUGAGAAAAUUAUUUUGGUUAGACUUCAUUGAUGUUUUGUUACUCUUUACUCCAUUUGUAAAGUUCUUACUAAUCUUUGCAAUUGUUCAUCCAACAAGUGUACCAGCUGUGGUCCUUUUGCUGAUCCAGAGGGUUUCAGUAGGCUAAGAAAUCUAAUCCCUGAAGAUUUACAACUUCCAUAGGGACCUUUUAUUCCAUUAAUUUGCCUCUGGGUUACAUUUUGAUGGAUGUCUUUAUUUCAAACAACAGGAGGAUUCAGAAACACAACCCAUUUACCUACACUGGUAAGGCUAUGCAUCCUGAAAUCUGUUGGUUUCUAGGAGCAAUAUUGCUUAGGGUUUUGAUACUCUUUAGGUGAUGGGAAAUUUUUUCGAACAUUUGAAGGGAGUGCAGCAAACAUCUGAGCUUUAAUUAGUAAAUUAAAAUCACAGAGGGGAAAAAGGACAAAAGAGAAAAAGGAAUACCUUAAUGCUUUGGUCUAGGAGAAUAAAAGCCCAAAUAUCUCCCACCUGAAUAAUAAGAAAAAUCUUACCAGUAAAUGACUAGCAGAGAUGACAUGCCAGUGAUUCCAUGAAAACAUCUUGAUUACCCUGACAGGCAACUGCUUUGAGCAGGAAUAGGUGGCAGGAUGCAAAAAUGGUGAAAUUACUGGAAGCACAACCAUGAAACAUUUCAUGAGUCUCAGCCGAGCUACAGAUGGUGAAUUGCGCCAAACUUCACUUCAAGCCAGUCAGGAAAUGCUUAUGAAUGUAGCUGCAAUGCAUAAUUUAGGGAGGGGUAAGGAAUUGAAAACAUAUUAGACAGCAUCACUUAUAAGCUAACAUUUAUGUUAUACUCUUGGUGUUGGUCUUUACCUUUGGAUUUUUCAGAUAAUAAACACUUAUAAAAGUCCAAACUGGCUUUAAGGACUUCAAUUGUUUCAGCAUAUCCCAGAUGCUAUAUAUAUAACAUCUGCUAUGGAAUUAUCGAAACUACCUGUUGAUAACUGUGGUUUUUCUGUUUUUCAUUACCUGUUGUUUUGCAUUGUAUAGAGUGAAAAUUUGAUGAUGAGACUGGUAGUAUGGAUUUGUCUCUCCCAAAGAGACCUUAAGUGGCACAUCCCUCUUCAUCUGAAUAGGAUUGAAUUGAGUUCCAGAGUUUCAGACAGAUUUGUUGACAAGCCUGAAAAUUAAU